AUGGAAAACGUUGUCUCAUGGCCAAGCCGAGGAGACAUCAACCCGGACAUCUCCAGCCUCACCAUCCCCAAAGCCAACCAACAAGAACUCACCGCCUCCAACAAACGAAAACCGCCUCAACCACCUAAUCAAGCCCCCACCAUGCGUUCCACCAUUGCCGCCACCGCUGCCUUGUUUCUCGCUCUCCUGAACUCUGUUUCCGGCUGGUCCCUCAAUGGUCUCGUACCAUCGGUUCCAUCUCCAUCCAUCUGGGGUCAACAAGGUUCUCAAGUCAGCUGCGGCAACCAGGGCUAUGCGGCUAUCAACGCGAACGUUCUGACCCAAGUCAAUUGCGGCGGCUUUCCCGGCUCCGACUUGAGCUGUGCCAACCAAGGCGAUGCCGCCGCCAAUCUCAACGUCGGCACCUCUGUCAACUGCUACAGCUACUAG